AUGAUUCUCGACUUUAUAAAUAACUUAAUAAAUGAAAAUUUUCCGACUAGUUCAUCGUCGAACGAUGACUGUGAAAAUUUAGAAGCUGGAAAAGUUUACGAUGAUACUAGCGGAGGAACUUUGAGUGAUAGAUUUUCGCUUCAUGUUGUACCGGUCGAUGAAAAGAAUAAUUUAUUUAUAAAUAGAAUCUCUUAUAAUACACAAACUAACGCUUAUUAUGAGAAUGGAAUUUUAUCUAAUAAAUAUUUAAAGAAAUGGGCGGAAGGAACUUAUCAAUGGGAUAAUAUUAAAUUAAAAAUUGAAUAUGAUUGGAAGAAAAUAUAUUUAGCAAGAGUUCCUGAUACCGAAAAAAGAACUCCUAUCAAUGAAAUAAUGAAUGAUGAUGGUGAAAUUUCUUGGAAAUUUGAUUAUCGUAUUGGUAGUUACAUUAUUAAUUCUCUUAUUUUAAGAUUAUCAUUUGGUACUUUUGAUAAUUCUGCGAGCGUUCAAUGGUUUAUUAAACCAUUACCCACGAUGAAAAAUCCAGACCCAGGUUGGAAAUUAAUUCAAGUUAAUACAUCUGGUCAAAAUGUAAAUGAGAUAGUUGAUGUUAGUCAAUUUGUUAAAGAUGAAUAUGGUUUUAUAUUACAAGUUCGUUUAAGUGGCGGUGACGAAUCUCCAAUUAAAUGGCAAAAAUCUCAAUUAUUUAGACAAAAUUUUAGUGUAUUGGAUAAAAAUUUAGAAGCUGAAAAUGAUGAAACUUUUGGAUUGGACGUUAAUGUUGAAUUAAAACCUGAUGUUAUUGUCGACCCUUUAAUAAAAUUAUCGGGUUUGAAUGAUUCAACGCGUGAUUUUGUUAUCCAUUAUGAAUUUUCGGCUGAUGAUUACCAAAUUAUUUCAAGUUCUAGCUCUCUCGAUAAGGAAAUCGACAAAGAGGAAACCGAUAAGGAAGAAAUCGAUAAGGAGGAAACCGAUAAGGAGGAAAUCGAUAAGGAACCUAAGGAUCUUCAUGUUCACUCAGAGUUAUUAUCAAAUCAUUUUAGUAAAUUAUUGGAAUCAAAAAUGGGUGAAUCACAAGACAAAUCAAUCACUUUGAAUGAUUCUGAUAUUUCUUAUGAAUCAUUAGAAAUUAUUCUUAAUUAUCUUUAUACUGGUAAACUUCCAAUCAUUGAAAGUUAUGAUAAUUGGAUCACAUUAUUUUGUGAUGCUUCUAAAUUUUUUAUACCUACUUUAGUUCAAAGAUGUGAGAUGGAAUUAAGAAGUUAUUUGAAUCAUGAUAAUUUAAAUGAGGUUAAAACCAUUGCUAAUGAAUAUGGUGCUGAGCAAUUACUACGAUAUUGUGAUAAUUUUGAACCACCAUUAAGUCAACAGUUGAUUGAAAUUAGUUAA